AUGUCUGAAAGAGGAAAAGGUGGGAAAGGACUCAGGAAAGGAGGUGCUAAGCGUCAUCGUACAGUUUUGCAUGAUAGUAUUCAGGGAAUCACCAAACCCACUAUUCGUCAUCUCGCUCGCCGUAUCUCCGGUCUGAUCUACGAGGAGACUUGCGGUGUGUUGAAGGUGUUUCUGGAGAACGUUAUCCGUGAUGACGUCACCUACACUGAACACGGCAAGAGAAAGACCGCCAUUGCCAUGGAUGUUGUGUAUGCGCUGAAACGACAGGGACGAACUCUGUACGGAUUCGGAGGAUAA